GAAUUUUUGCGGAACAUAUUACUCUCGGAGUCAUUCUUGGCAGCUAAUAUCAGCAUGAACAUAGAGCAAGACUGGGAUGUGAAGCUCGAUGUGCUCCUCACGUCCGAUGAACAAGCUCGGGGUGCGGUGAAACAAUACACUCGGGUUUCAGACAAAGAGGCCGUAUUGCUAUUCUUAGCGGGCGCCUUAUCAGGGUUUGCUGGUCAGGGUAGAAAAAGCCUACGACACUGCGGCGAUUAUUUUGUCAGUGUUUGCUCGUUGGCGUCGGACGAUAUAGUUGGGGCUUUAGUUCCCCAAGUACUGUCAUUGAGCAAACCGUUGAAUAGUACCGACCAGGCAGUUCAGGACACCGCCGCUCGUGCCACGGGCAUCUUGGCCUCUCACCCUGCAUUUUCUGAGGACAGUUUGAAUGGACUCGUUGCUACUAUGUCGGGUCCUUUGGGACCGUGGAGAUCCGCCAUUGGCGAAGAGGUGCUUAAGGUCCGGGGCUCUGUACUUGGAUUGUCAUAUUUGUUUAGCAGGCUUGCAUUCCGCAAGAUGGCUGGUAAGCUAUCUGAGGCCAUGCUAAACGACUAUCUUGGCGUGGUCUUUGACAUAAUCGAAACCUCGCGCGACUCUCUUCUCCGACGAUCGGCUCAAGUUGCGCUCGGACAGAUCAGUCUUUCUGGAAUUCUGCCAACCGAGUUACUAUCUGACGAGAGAUGGGUGGCUAUCAAAGACAAACUGGUAACCGAUGCGAAGGCCGAAAACGAGGCGGCUAUCAAAACAAUCGGGCUUCUGACGUUGCCUUUUUCAAAGGACGGACACGACAAUACAAGAUUCAGAGAACUACUUGAUGCUCUUUAUGAUCUACAUGAAAUCCGCAGUCCUGAAGUUCACUUCUCAAUUGGCGAGGCGUUGAGUAGCUCUGCGGCCGGGUGGAAUUCGAAAUCCUUGACCACGGACUUCGAUGUCGAUGAAGAGGUGCCCAGUUCCUCGGUCCCAUUAUCGGUGCUUGCAACUAUAUGCGACAAGAUCAUAGCGGACUGCAGCGCCUCUAAGCCCUCUCUGAGAAAAGCGUCUAGUAUCUGGCUCUUGUGUCUGGUCAAGAACUGUGGUCAUUUGCAAGAGAUACAAUCUCGCUUGCGCAAAUGCCAGAGCAGGUUCGCCGGUUUGCUUGGGGAUCGAGAUGAGCUGGUACAGGAAACGGGCGCACAGGGUCUCGGCCUAGUAUACGAGAUUGGUGAUCAGGCACUGAAGGAUGACUUGGUGCGUGACUUGGUGGCUUCUUUCACAGCAACCGGCUCGAGCCUUGCAGGAGGGAAGGUGAACGAAGACACAGAGCUCUUUGAGCCAGGAGCCCUUCCCACUGGCGGCGGGUCAUCGGUCAACACCUACAAAGACAUCAUGAAUCUCGCUGCUGAAGCUGGCGAUCCAACGCUUGUAUACCGGUUUAUGUCUCUGGCUUCCAACAAUGCGCUCUGGACCAAUCGUUCGGCUUUCAGCAAGCUCGGUAUCAGCAACAUAUUCUCCGAUUCGAGUGUCAAUGGCUAUCUGGCCAAGAAUCCGAAAAUCUACCCAAAAUUGUUCCGGUACCGGUUCGACCCUAAUCCGAACGUGCAGCGCUCCAUGAACACGAUCUGGCUAGCCUUGGUCAAAGAUCCCACUGAGGUGGUCGAUGAGCAUUUCGACCAGAUCAUGGAAGACCUACUUAAAAGCAUGCUGAGCGGUCGGGAAUGGCGCGCACGACAAGCGAGCUGUGCCGCGAUUGCGGACUUGCUUCAUGGACGUCAGCCAGAGAGAUACUCUAAAUACCUCGAUGAGAUCUUCACCAAGGCCUUCAAGCUUUUGGAUGACAUCAAAGAGACGGUCCGGAACUCCGCCCUCAAACUUUGCCAGACAAUCACCAAUUCAGUGAUUCGCACCUUGGAAACCAGCGACAGAAACACUAAACGCGCGAAUACGCUGUUGGGAAGCACCAUUCCCUUCUUGUUGAGCGAGCAAGGCAUAGAAUCUGGUGUCCAGGAGGUCCAAGGGUUUGCUCUUGGGGCUCUGAUCCAAAUGAUCAAGAAGAGCCCCGGUGGGCCAUUGCGUCCGUUUAUUCCCCAAAUAAUGGAGCAGUUCCUGAGCUGCCUGAGUUCUCUGGAACCACAGGCUGUCAACUACGUUCAUCUGAACGCGGACAAGUAUGGAUUGACGAGCGAAGAGAUCGACAAGAUGAGACUUUCCAGUAUCCGCACCUCCCCUAUGAUGGAAGUGAUCGAGCGAUAUUUGGUCGACGCACUAGACGAAACCAGCAUGAAGGAAUUUGCCACGAGACUGGAGGGCGUUCUUCGAUCGGCAGUUGGGCUUCCGUCCAAGGUCGGAUGCAGCCGUGUUCUGGUGCUCCUGAGCAUGCGAACAUUCCUUUUCCGCCCCUACGCGGACCGCUUCGUCCAGCUCCUGAGCAAGUACGUCGUUGACCGAAACGACACCGUCAGUGCAUCCUACUGCGCGUCCAUCGGCUACCUCUUGCGCCUGGCUUCCGAUGAUCUCGUGCUGAAGACCAUCAAUUAUGCCAAGGAACUCUUCCUGACGGCCGACGACGCCAACCAGCGAGCCAUAUCCGCCGAAAUUCUUCACUCGGCUUCGAAGUUGUCUAAUGACCGAUUCAUGUCGUUUGCAGCAACGGCUCUGCCAUUCGUCUUCGUUGCCAAAUACGAUCGAGAUGAACAUGUCAACAAAGUCUUCGAGAAGACGUGGCAAGAUAACGUGGGCGGUAACCGCGCUGUGUCCCUCUAUAUCAAGGAGAUCACCAGCUUUGUGUCCAGCAACCUAGACUCGCCCAGUUGGGCCAUCAAGCAUACGUCUGCGCUGGGCCUGGCCCAUGCCAUCAUGGCGUUGGAUCCUCAGAUUGAUCUCGCGACCAGCGAGAUGGUGUGGCCUGUUCUUGUGCAGGCUUUGUCUGGGAAGACAUGGGAGGGCAAGGAGACGGUGCUGGAGGCGUUUGUGAAGUUUUCCAGCCAAGCAAAGGCAUUGUGGCAAGCGAACCCAAAGGCUAGUGAAAUGAUGAAGACGAUUACGAUCAGGGAGGCAAAACGGAACAAUGCCUCGUAUCGCCCGUUCGGUCUGGCGGCGUUGGGUGGGGUGUCACAAGGUCGCAAAGACCUUGAUCUGAUGCCCGAUGCUAUCGCUGUCGUGUCUCAGGUCGUAGAAAAUCUCGAGGACAAAGACGACUUGAUGGACGUUGAUUCGGGGAAUGCGUCCAAUUCCAAGAAAAUCGUGGACGACACAUUGGCGGCUUGUGUGAAAUGUCUUCUACAGUGCUUCAAUUUCGCCUUGCAGAUUCCAUCAGGGGCCAUGAAAGGUUAUCUGGACGAGGUGACGCGAGUGCUCUCUACGGCAUUGAAGCAAAGUGGGCGGCACGUGCAAAAGACCCUUUACGAGGAGCUGGACAACCUGGAAAAGAACUUGAACACGUGGAUCACAAAGCAAGGGAACCAGGAGAGCAGUGUAGGCGAGCUGCAAGGGCCCUUGGCAGCGCUAGUGGGCGCGCUGCUCUCUGCUGAGAUUGAUGCAUCGGUCGAGGGGAUUCGCCGAGGACGGGCACAGGCUGCAGUCGCGUACAUCACGCUCUGCAGGCAGGCUGGGUUCGAGGUCGAUGGGGCCAUCGCCCGGAUGGUUCCAUCGUGGAGGGAGGGAGAACGAUCUGGGCCCGUGCAGCAGGUUCUAGAUCAGGCAUUAAGCAUGCUCGCCACCCGGUAAAAUUGGCAGUGGAGACUGCCGCUGCGAACAUUUCCAAGGAACGCAGCGUGAUCACUAGGUACACCGGGGCCCGUACCGAAUCCGUACUAACCUUUAGAGCCCCAAUAGUUGCAGUCUCGCUAGUGGACCAAACGGUCGACCCAUCCAGUUGAUUCCUCUCAUGGCGAACCUUGUGGCGGUAAAUGUGCGCAUUGACUGAUUUCAGUCAGUAAUGCACUAGGCCUGUACAGGAUGGGGGCAAUACAACUCGAAGGCGAUGCAUCAAUUCAAAUCCAUGUAUACACACACUCUCUCUAUAGACCUCGCAAACCAUACUUAGAAGGGAA